AUUGCCGGCGCAUCAGUAGAACUGUUGAUGAUAAGUGUGGAAUUCUUGCGCUUCGUUCAAUUGCAGGAUUCUUAAUAACGUAACCUCUCGUGUGUGUAUGUGUGUGUGUACGUACAGUAAGAGAUAUAUUAGAGUCGCGCGUACAAAACACAAUGUCAGGCCCAAUGGUAUUGUGUCAACUGUGGAUGGGUGGUUUGGAGCCAUACAUGACCGAGAGCUUCAUAAUGAAUGCAUUUCAUAAGAUGGGUGAGCAGCCACAAACUGUAAAAGUUAUGCGCAACAGAUACACUGGUGAACCUGCUGGAUACUGUUUUGUACAUUUUCCGACUGAUGAAAUGGCGCUCGAUGCUAUGCACAAAUUAAAUGGUAAAGUAAUACCUGGAUCAAAUCCUUCAGUACGAUUCCGUUUGAAUCAUGCUAGUACAACAGGAAAACCCGCAGCUGACAGAGAAUUUAGCAUAUGGGUAGGAGAUUUGUCCACUGACGUUGAUGAUUACUCCUUAUAUAGAGCAUUUGCUGCUAAAUACAAUUCUAUUAGAACAGCUAAAGUCAUAUUGGACAGUUCUGGAUUCAGCAAAGGUUAUGGUUUUGUUAGAUUUGCAAAUGAGGAUGAACAGAAAAAUAGUUUAAGCACCAUGAAUGGUUACAGAGGACUUGGGACAAAGUCUCUGAAAAUUUGCAAUGCUGUACCUCGACCUUGGAACAAGAUAUCUGGUUCAACACCACCACAAUCAACUUCUGAUUAUCCACCAUCAAAUAUGAAUUCAGAUGCAUAUAAUUACUACGAUACUUCAUCAUAUUGGAAUAGUUACAGUGCUUGGCAACAAGGUUACUACGAAAGCGAACCAACAUCAGAUGCUUAUAAUAGCUAUGUAUCUGAUCAAAAACCUGAGGAAGAUGAAUUAGAAUUAAUUGAACAUUCAAUCCCUAUUGACAUUGACAAAGCAAAUAGGGAGAUAAUUGAACAGGAUUAUAAUUUGUGGGAUGCUUUGGAAAGUUCAAAAUGGAUUCCAUGUGAUACUAUAGAAUUGUGCUAUUAAUAAUAAUCAUUGACAAUUUGUGGUAUCUACACUGUGGAGAUUAUAGAACAUGUGUCAUCUUUGUGCAUUUUGGAGUCCUAGUAUUAAAUGAUUAUAUAUAAAGAUAACAUCGUAUGUUUUCAUGCAUAAUG